AUGAAUUAUAACCAUCAAUAAAUAGUAGAAACAUGGUUGAGGAGAUUCCGUGAAUGUUUGAACUUCUGUUAUGGAAGUGAUUCAUAGAUGAUAACCAUGGAAUUGCAUAAGGGAAAUGUUCAAUUAUUGAGUGUACCUUAAAACAAAAACAUUUUCAACACUAGAAAAUAUAGAGUAAUGUUCAUGAUAAUGUUAGUUAUAUAACUUUUUACCUAAAACAUUAUUCAAUGCAUUGGAAAGAUUUGGAAAUAUUUAUCUUUUAGGGAUUUCCUUAAUAAUGUUGAUUGAUCCAACAUUAUCUCCAUUUUAUAGAUGGAUCACUAUAUUCCCUAUUGGAUUGAGUGUGAUAUUUUAUGUCUUAAUGGAAUUCAUACUAGACAUACGUAGAUAGAGUCAUGAUCAUAAAAUAAAUAUGCAAACAACAUCUAGAGGAGCCAAAGAUGGUUCAAUAGAAACUAUAAAAUGGAGUGACAUUUAAAUUGGAGAUAUUCUAUAUCUUAUAAAAGGAGACAUUGUACCUGCAGAUAUGAUCUUAUUAGAUACAGGAUAAGUUAGAGAUAGAGAGGCAAUCUGUAUGGUUGACACUUAAUAUUAUGAUGGCAAAUCUACUUUAACAAAGAAGAAAUCAUCAUAUUUAACAUAAUUGAUAGUCUUAAGAACAAGAUUAAAGAAUUAAUUUCCAGAAUAUAGGAAAAUGUUAACUGGGAAACUGGAAUAUGAAGCACCAAAUGGAAAUACUGAAAGAUUUCAUGGAAGAUUAAAAUUAAAGAAGGAUCCAAAAAAUGAAGAAUUAACUAUUGACAAUUUCAUCCCUAAAGGAACUAAGAUAAAAUAAACAUCAUGGUUAUUUGGUUUAGUUGUAUAUGUUGGUGAAAAUACUAAAACUAUGCAAAGUAGUCAUUACAAUGCAUAAAAACAUAGUUUUGAAGAAAAACAAUGCAAUUUCUAUUCAUUUCUAAUGGCUUGUUUAUCACUCUUCUUUACUUUGAUAUCAAUCAUAGUUCUAUUGGCAAGAUCAGAUGAAGGUAAUUUUGCAUUAUUAAUUGAUCCUAAUACUACCAAUGGAAUGAAAGUCUUUUAAUUGGCAAUACUAUAUGCUCAAUUAAUUCCAUCUACUCUUUAUCUAUUAUUAGAUUUUGUAAAUUUUAUUUCUUUAUUUAAAUAUGAGAUCAAUUAAAUUGAAGAUAAUAUUAUUAAGUAUGUUAAAAUAAACAGUUCUAACAAUCUUUGUGAUUUAGGACAUGUUGAUUAUAUGUUAAUUGAUAAAACAGGAACUUUAACUACAUCUUAUUAAAAAUUGGAUAAUCUCUUAUUUGGUUCAUUGUCAUUUACUUUAAAUUAUGAUUAAUUAUAAACAACUUUAAAUUCAAAAUCAGUCAAACCAGAAGAAAAUGAAGAUCCAAUUAAAUUUGCUAGUAUCAAUGAUAAUAAUGAAUAUUUGAUUCCAUUUGAAUAUGAUAAAAAGAGCAGUCAUACUGAUGUCUAACCAAGUGGUAAAUUAUUGUUAAAAAGUGUAAAAACAUCAAAUAACAAUCCAGUUUUUAAUUAGAUAACUGCUUUACCAUAAAAUAAGAGAAUGACUAUGUUACAUAAUUUAGAGAGCUCAGUCUAAUAACCUUUAAACGAUUUCUUAUAAUCUAGAAUAUUUUUACCAUAACCAAAAACAAGAAAUAGUCCAGGAAAUAAUAAUGAUGAAUUCAUUUAAUUAGUGAAUCAAUUAAGAAAUAGUUCUCCUUAAUAAGAAUACUUAUAAACUGAAGAUAUAAAUACAUUAUAUUAUGAUGCAUUUUUGAAAUGCUUAAUGUUAUGUCAUGAGGCUAGAUUAGUAUUUGGUGCUGAUUCCAUUACUUAUGAAUCCUUUUCAAAAAGUGAAGAAAUUGCAUUAACAUUUGCUCGCUCUUGUGGUUAUUCACUAGAAAAUUUCAAUAAAUUUGAUAGUCCUGAUAUGUAUUUAUGUAAAAUAAGAGGAAAUCCUAUAUGGUAUCAAGUUUUAGGAUUGAAUUUAUUUACAUACACAAGAAAUUUAAAUUCUGUAGUAAUUUAGGCUCCUAUGACUAUGGAUUUAGAAUUAAAAUAAAAAUACUAAGCAAUUAAUUAAUUAUGUGGAGAAGGAUCAAAAAACAAUUCAUUAUUAAUUUGUAAAGGAGAUUAUGAAGCAAUAAAAUCAAAAUUGCAAUUAAAUCAUAAAGAAAGAGAAGAAUUAGACUCUUAUAUUUAACAUUACAAAUAGAGAGGAAUUAGAAUGAUUAUCUAUGCAACUAGAGUUUUGAGUGAAAAAGAAACAGAGAGUUAUAAAUAAUAAUUUAAUCUAUUACAUAGUUCUUUAACAAAUCAAGAUACACUUCUUGAGGAAUUAGCAUUAGAAUAUGAGAAAGAAUUGAAUAUAUUGGGAAUGACAGGAUUUAAAGAAGAAUUAAAGAAUGAUGCUUUAGAUUUCAUAAAAACAGUUAAAGAUUGUAAUAUUGAUAUUUGGUUAUUGAGUGGUGAUUAGGAAUUUUAAACAAUCAGUUGUGCAUAAUCAUUAGAAAUGAUGGAAGCAUCAAAAUAUUUGAGGAUUGUUGCAACUGAUAAAGAAUAGAUAUGGUUAUAAAUUAAUACAGCUAUAGGACAAAUUUAAAGUGAACUUUAAAAAAUACAAGAGAAAUAAUAAGAUAAGCAUUUGAAUGAGAAUAUUACAAACAGAAGUAUGAUUAAAACAAGUGUUACAUUUUUUGAAGGAGCAUCAUAUUAAUAAGUAUUAAAAUUUUUUUUAGUGGUUAAUGGCCAUUCAUUAUCUUUGAUAAGUGAAUCACCUGAUUUAAUGAGUCAUUUUAGGUUCUUAUCAUGUGUUUGUAAGAAUUUAAUUGGAUUCAAUAUGAAUCCUUAAUAAAAAGAAUUAGCUUGUAUGAUAAUUCGUAAUUACUUUCCAAAUAAUCCUACAGUUUUAGGAGUAGGUGAUGGAUAUAAUGAUGCAUUGAUGAUGUAAGCUGCAAAUAUAAGUAUUGAAAUAAUAAACAGCAAAAGAAAUCAUAUUUAUCCUUAAGUGAAUGCAGGAGAUAUUAGUGUUAAUACACUUUUUGAAAUCAAAGUAUUAUUAUUAUAGAAAUGUAAAUUGCAUAGUGAAAGAGUAUCAUCAAUGAUCAUCUAUUUAUUUUAUAGUGCUGGUUUCUUAGGUAUGACAUUAUUCUUUUUUAAUUGGUUUUGUCAAUUUACAGCUACAUCCUUACAUGAUUCAAUGACAGUAUUUUUAUACAUUUUUUUAUAUACUACUCCUAAUGCAUUAGUCAUAGGUUUAGCUGAUAAGUAGACAGAGCCAUUAGUAAAUGCUAGAUUUCCUGCAUUUUAUAUAGAUGGUUAAAUAAGAACACGUAGAUUCUGGCUUAAUUAUUUGAUUGAAGGCUUUUUAGAGUCAAUCUUAUGUGCUGCUUACACAUUAUAUUCUUGUAUUUACAUGGUUAAUUAUGCAUGGACAAAUGAUGGUUAUUAAUCAGAUAUGCAAAUGGUAGCAACAUCAAUAAUCUAUAUACUUAUUACUGUGUCAUCUUUAAAAGUAUUGUUUAGAUUGAUCUGCAAUAAUGUAAGUGUUGUUGUUAUAGCUUUUCUAUUCACUUUUGGUUUAUUGGUUGGAUUUGUUUUCCUUAAUUAUAGAGGAGAUUUUAGUAAUUAUGAUUAUUAGGAAUUGACAUAUCAAUUAUUUACAAGAUUUAAUAGUAUUGUUGCAAUGAUAUUUAGUCUUAUUGGUUGUUAUUUUAUUAAUUACUUUUUACAUGAUGUAAUAAAAUUGUUAUACUUUCCAAAUGCAUAUUAAUAAUUUGCAUUUAAAAAUAAAAGUGGUGUAGAGUAGGAAUUAAUUACAAACAAAGAGAUUUUACAUUAAUGUUUAGAUUUAUAAAUGUAAAUAUUAAUUAUUAUUAAAUAAUAGUAAUGUUUCAUCCAUAAUAUAAAAGGUGUUCAUUGAUUGUUCAACAACUUUACCUUAUAUCUAAGAGAUGUUGAAUCCAGGUGAUACAAAAGUAACUGAAAUGAAAUUGAAACCUCUAACACUUGAAAUGAAAGAAUUAGUUUUAGAAUAAAAGUUUUUAGCUCAUAAAUUAAUUUAAUCUUUAAAGCAUUUAAGAUUAUUCUUAUGUAUUCUAUUAUUAUACUAUAUUGCAUAUUGUUUAACAGACUUCUUUUUGACAGAUUAAAGAGUAUUUACAGGAGCAUACUAUUUAGUAGUAUUUGGAAUAAUCUUUAUUAUAAUACUCUUUUCUUGUAGUCAUAUAAUGGAAUAAUAAUAUUAUACAUACUCACAUCUAAUAGUGUUGAUUAUAUUUGCAAUAAAAGUAGCAAUUGAUUGGUUAUCAGAUGAUUUGACUAUAACAUUAUCUGCUACUAUAGUGAUAUUAUUUAGUACAUUUAAUUCAAUGAAUAUGAGUGUGAUACCAAUAAUGUUGUAUAAUAUCUGUUAUUUGAUUUAACUUAUUGUAAGAAUAUUGAUAAUUGUGAUUUCAACAGAUCUGAGUACAUCUAAUGGAACUUAUUCUCAAAGUAGAGUAUCUGUAUAUGCAGCUAGCACUUAGAUUUUAUUAGUUGUGAGUAUCACAAUAAGAUUUUUAUUCAGUUAUUUCAAAUCUAUCAAACAUAGAAGAAAUGAUUACUUAGCAAAAUAUUAAAUUGAAUAAGAUAAUGUAGCUGCCUAAGAUAUAUUGAGUAUAUUAGUUCCUAGAUUUGUGAGAUAACAGAUAUCUACAGGGAUAUAUUCAAUGUAAUAAGCUUAAGAUGAUGUUUCAAUAUUAUUUGCUUACAUUUGUGAUUUUGAUACUAUAAUGAAAGAGGAAGGUAAGAAUGUAGUUUUAAUGUUGGAUUCAUUAUUUAGAUUAUAUGAUAAUUUAUGUAUUCAACAUGGAGUACAAAAGAUUGAAACUGUUGGAUAUACAUAUAUGGCUGCUACAGGAAUUAAAGCAUGUGAAUAAAAUAUGACUGCUCAUGUAACAAGAAUUGAGAAAACUAUGAGAUUAGUUAAUUUGGCUUUUGAUAUGAUGUAACAAGUAUAAGGUAGAAAGUAUGGAAAAGGUAAUCAAAUUGAAAUGAAAAUUGGUAUACAUGUUGGACGUGUAAUUGCAGGAGUUAUUGGUCAUCAUAAACCAUAAUUUUCAUUAAUAGGAGAUCCUGUCAAUUAAACAAGUAGAGUGGGUUCAACUGGAGAUACAGGAGCAAUUACACUUAGUGAAUAAGCUUUUAAAUAAGCAAAACAUGGAAUUAAAUACUAUGAGAAGAAAUAGAAGGAAGCAAAAGGUUUAGGAAUUAUUGAUACUUAUUAAGUAUUCAAAACAAAACCUAUAGGUUAUUAAAUACCAAAAGCAUUUUAAUUAUGGUAAAAUUGUACAAAGGUUGUAGUGAAAGAAGUACGAUAAAAAGGAAUUUCAAAAACGAAAAAGUAAAGGGAAUUUCUAUCAUAAUUACAUAAUUCAAUUUACUAGGAUAAUUUAAAAUAAUCUAAUAAAGUAGAAAUAUCUCCUAAAGGACCAUAAACAAUGCCUAUGUUAAUACCAUAAGGUUCAGCUUUAGAAGAAAAUAGAUCUAGAUUAACAAUUCCAGUUUAAAUAUCAGAACAAGUAUUAACUGAAGAUUCAUUAUUAAUAACAAAUGAAUAAGAAGAUAGAGAGUUAGAGUUGAUUAAACCAAAUAUUAUUUUAGAUAUACCAGAGAAUGAAAUAAAAUCUAAUUUCAAUCAAAUUCUUAAGGAAUAAAAUAUAUAUGAAUCUAGAGUUGGUAUGAUAUUUUUAUGGAUAACUUAUUUCAUUAUUACUCUAUUAUCAAUAAUCGUUCGUAAAUUGUUUGAUCAUGAUUUGUUGAUCUUUGUUUUGAGAGUAAUAAAUUUAUAUAUAUAUAUAUAGGCUAUUUUCUUGAUUUUAGUAUUUGUACUAUAUCCAAUAUUAUCCAAAGCUUAUAGAAAUAGAGUAGUUAAUACUAUGUAUUAUAUCUUAAUUAUUUAUGCUAUUUUCACUGUACUUUUCUAGGCAUAUUUGACUGACAAUAGAGAAGUAGCAAUAAUUUGUCUAUUAGAAAUACUUUAUAUAAUGAUAGUUUCUUGUUAAAUGAAAAUGUUUUCGUUUCUGUAAGUAAUACUAUAUAUGAUGAUCAUGCUUGCAUUAUUUUUAGGAUUCUACAUUUCUACUGACUUAAUUACUCAUUAUGCAAUCUUUUAUAUUUGUUGUUGCAUGCUCAUUCUAUUAUUAGGAUAUUAUCUUGCAAUGAGUGAAUAAAUAUAAAUGUUCAAUAAUUUAUAAAUCAAUGAAGAAAAGAAGGUUAAACAAAUAAAUCUCGUCAGUUAAUUAUUACCUAUGCAUUCCUAUCUUAAAAUGAAGAAUAGUUCUAUCUAUGAUAAAAGUGACUUAAUAGAUGAAUUUGAUGAUGUGACUCUCCUCUUUGCUGAUAUCAAAGGUUUCACUGAAUACUCACAUACUUAAACUCCUGAAGGUGUAGUAACUAUGUUAAGAAAUCUUUUCACAGAAUUUGAUAAACUAUGUCAAAGAUAUAAUGUCUAUAAAAUGUAUACUAUAGGUGAUUGUUAUGUUGUUAUGGGAUUCACUAAUAGUGCAAAACGAAAUGUAUUUACUCUUAUCCAUUUAUUUAGCCUAUUUAAGAAGCCAUUAAUACUGUAAAGAUGGGAUUCUAAAUGGUCGACAUUAUUAUGUCUGUUAGGUAGAAAAUCAAAUUUGAUAAAUUGAAUAUGAGAAUUGGUAUACAUACUGGAUAAGUAACAGGAGGUAUCAUAGGAACUGAUAUUGUUCGAUAUGAUAUCUAUGGAAAAGAUGUCUCUAUUGCUAAUAAAAUGGAAAGUAGUGGAGUUGAAGGAAGAGUACAAGUCUCUGAAACAACUAAAUUAAUGAUUGAAAGAGCUGAAAAACAUGCUUUUAACUUUAAAUUUCACCAUGUAAUUUUUUGAUUUCUAAUAUAGGAUGUUGAAUUGAAUAAAUUUAAUAUGAAUAUCAAAGGAUUCCUUGUUGAUUGGGAUAAAAGAAGAGAAGAUGCUAGUAUAGAUCCUUACAGAUCCCCAAGUCGAAAUUAAUGA